AUCUUUAAUAUUUUCCCUUCCUUCCCCAAACAGCCCCCUCACCCUCCGACGCCUCCAGACAACCAGCUCCGUCGUCACUCUUCACUGCCCUCCCUCCCCUCUCCUGCCUCCCCCGUCGCCUCUCUUCCCCCACUGCCCCCUCCCUCGCCAGCCUCUUCACUCUGUGCGAUUGCCAACCCAGGGGUCGAUCUUUUUCUUCAGGUCCAAUGGCGAGCUUCGAAGUUCAGUUUUCGCAAAUGCGUCUGCACCAGAAGCCUCAAAUUUCCACCUUUCUUUACACACCACACAGACUAAGAUUCACCUGCGGUUUAAGAAACGGGCCAAGGAAACCUAUGUGGAGAACCAGAGUACUCUCCACAGAGGCCAUUCAAGCAGUCCAAUCUUUGAAAUUGGCCCAAAGCUCGUCUUGUAAGUUGGAGCAAGUUUUUAGCAAUAAGCUCAGCAGGCUUUUGAAAGCUGAUUUAUUGGAUACAUUGGCUGAGUUACAGAGGCAAAACGAAUUGGAUUUAGUUCUCAAGGUUUUUCAGGUGUUUAACUUUGUGAGGAAGGAGGUGUGGUAUGUACCAGAGCUAUCUCUAUUCAAUGACAUGAUAUUGAUUUUGGGGAAGAACAAGAAGAUUGAAAUGGUUGAACAAGUCUUCUUAGAACUGAGGAAUGAGGGCUUGGAACCUGAUACAAGGACCUAUACUGAACUGAUUGGAGCGUAUUUCAAAGUUGAAAUGGUGAAGAAAGCAAUGGAGACUUAUGAGCUGAUGAAGGCUUCAGGUUGUGUCCCAGAUAAGUUGACCUUUACAAUCGUUAUAAGGAAUCUUGAACAGGCUGGUGAGGAAGCUCUUACUGAAACAAUAAAGAAAGAAUGUGCUGACUAUUUUGAUUACCCUGAGAAAUUUAUUGAAGAAGUUGAAAGGACAUUUCCAAAGCGCAAGUCACUAGUCCACAUUUGAAGAAUUCUGGAGUGUUAUAUGCUUCUCCGAAAGCUGAGCCAACACUGUCCACAUUAGCCGGUGACCAGAGAGCUGAGCCAACACUGUACGACUAUAUGACUACAGAUCCAUGAAAUGAAGAAACCAACAGAGAGAGUAAAUUUGAACCAAUCCAACAAAUUACAGGCAGAUUCAUGGACUAUACGACUACAGAUAGUAAAAUCAAGAUUUUCAUCUUUACUUUUUAUAACUACACAAACCACUAAACCCCGACCCCUCAGUUAAAGGGGAAAAAGAAAACGAAGCAAGCAAAAGAGAAAAUGAAACUCACCAAGAAACCCAUUUUCUCAAAGUCAUUAGAAUGGAUCUGCUAAA